UGCAGCCAAAAGAAGCUUCUCUUCUCACUCUCUCUCCUCUUCGUCUUCUUCACCUUUCUCCCUCUAGUUGCAGAAGAAUUUCCGGGGCGAGAGAGCGAGCGAGCGAGAGAGAAAGAGAGAGAGAGAGAGAGAUGAAUUUGGUGAGAGAAAGCAACUCAUGCGAGGAGCAGCAACAAAAUUCGCCAUGAAAGCUCAGAGCUCGAGCUUCCUCUGGGCUCCGGUUCUGUUCUCUCUCCUGUUCAACAUUCUCUGCGCUGCAAAAUCCGACGGCGGCGCAGCCGGGCUCACCAACGGUCGCGAUCUCCACAGGAGAAUCCUUCACCAGCCCCUCUUCCCGGCGGGCUCCGCUCCGCCCCCCGCCACCGAAUUGCCUCCGCCACCGCCACCUCCUCCGCCUUCCCCCGUGUUCCCCGACCCCGAUCAGCCGUUCUUCCCCGAAGUGCCGGCUGGAGCGACCCCGAACCCGGGCAAUCAACCGCCGCCGGCGAGCAAUAAUGCGACCACGCCAUUCCCGACCGCGACGCAGCCGACGAAGCCGACGAAGACGGUGGCGAUCGCAAUCUCCGUCGGAAUCGUCACCUUAGGAAUGUUAUCUGCCCUCGCAUUCUUCCUGUAUCGGCACAGGGCCAAGCAUCCACAGGAGACGCAAAAGCUCGUCGGAGGAAACAAUUCCGAGAGAGUUGUUGACGAUUCUCGAGCUCCGCCGUCCAAUUUCCUCUACAUUGGAACCGUUGAGCCCUCGGCGGCGAGAUCCGUCGGCGACUGCAGUGGAGAAAACUCGUCACCUUACCGGAAGUUGAAUUCGGUGAACAGAUCAGAGAACCCUCGGUAUCGGCCGAGUCCUGAGCUGCAGCCUCUGCCGCCGUUGGCGAAGCCUCCGGUGGAGAAGUCGCCGGCGAUCUCGUCGGACGAUGAUGAAGAGAGUCACGAUACUGCGUUUUACACUCCUCAGUGUUCCUCUGUAAGCAACGAGGAGAGCUAUUACACGCCAAUUUCUCGUCACAGCAGUAAAAGCACCGGCGACAGAAAAGGUUUUGGAAUCUUCGGGAGAAGCGAUGGUAAUGGCUCUGUCACUUCUGUUCCACAUUCGAAGAGAACGUCUCCAAAAUCACGAAUUUCUGCGUCUUCUCCGGAAAUGAAACAUGUCAUUAUACCAUCGAUAAAGCAGGUCUCGCCACCGCAACCGGCAGUGGCUCCAUCGCACAAGAGCGAAAGGACGAUCUCCAGGCCUAAAUUCUCCUCUCCACCUCCACCUCCGAAUAUGGCACUUCUACAAUCAAUAAGCAGCUCACCACAGGGAUCAAACAAAGUUACGGCUGCACCACCACCGCCUCCUCCUCCGCCGCCGCCGCCUCCGCCUCCUCCUCCUCCACCACCACCACCACCGCCCCCGCCGCCUCCUAGACUGCCCCUGCCACCAGGGGCCUUUGCAACUCCGAAGAAAGAGAGAAGACCAGGAGCUAACGUCUCUUCUCAACAACAUGCCCCAGAAUCAACCAGAUCAAAAUCUUGGAAUCCUGCUUCCAGAGUUAUUGCAAGUAAUGGGAAGAGCAAGGAUGCCGAGGAGAGCAACAGAAGCCCCAGUUCUUCCGAGAGGCAAAACGGGGAUGAUGUAGAUGAAGCGAGGCCGAAAUUGAAGCCUCUGCACUGGGACAAAGUAAGGGCAACUUCUGACAGAGCCACGGUGUGGGAUCAGCUCAAGUCGAGUUCUUUCCAAUUGAAUGAGGAUAUGAUGGAGACACUUUUUGGUUGCCACUCAACAAAUUCAGCUCCUAAGGAGCCGGUGAGGAGAUCGGUGCUUCCCCCUCCAGAACAGGAGAACAGGGUUUUGGAUCCAAAGAAGUCACAGAAUAUAGCUAUCCUGUUGAGAGCACUGAACGUGACAAGGGAUGAAGUCUCUGAAGCUCUUUUAGAUGGUAAUCCGGAAGGUUUGGGUGCUGAACUUCUGGAGACACUUGUGAAAAUGGCUCCGACGAAGGAAGAGGAGAUAAAGCUUCGAGAUUAUAAUGGUGACAUCUCUAAACUAGGGACUGCAGAACGUUUUCUUAAGGCUAUCCUUGACAUUCCAUUUGCCUUCAAAAGAGUUGAAGCCAUGCUAUAUAGAGCCAAUUUCGAGACUGAGGUGAACUACUUGAGGAAGGCUUUCCAAACGCUAGAGGCGGCUAGUGAAGAGCUAAAGAAUAGCCGAUUAUUCCUCAAACUCCUUGAAGCUGUACUUAGGACAGGAAACCGAAUGAAUGUAGGCACAAACCGUGGAGAUGCAAAAGCUUUCAAACUUGAUACACUCCUAAAACUGGUAGACAUAAAGGGAACAGACGGAAAAACAACGCUUCUUCACUUUGUGGUUCAGGAAAUCAUAAGAUCAGAGGGAGAAGGUACAACUUCUGUUGACGACAAUCUUCAGAACAAGGUGCAACCUAAGAUGAAGGAUGAUGACUUCAAGAAGCAAGGAUUACAGGUCGUGGCUAACCUGAGCAAAGACCUUGGAAAUGUGAAAAAGGCAGCAGGAAUGGACUCUGAUGUCUUGAGUAGUUAUGUCACAAAACUUGAAAUUGGGCUUGACAAAGUCAGACAUGUGCUCCAAUACCAGAGGGCAGAUAUGCACGGGAACUUUUUUGAUUCAAUGAAGAUGUUCCUUAGAGAGGCAGAGGAGGAAAUCACCAGAGUCAAGGAUGAUGAGAAGAAGGCUUUGUUUCUCGUGAGAGAGGUCACUAAAUAUUUUCAUGGAGAUGCUGCAAAGGAGGAAGCUCACCCACUAAGAAUCUUUCUGAUUGUGAGAGAUUUUCUCUCGGUUUUGGAUCAUGUGUGCAAGGAUGUCGGUAGGAUGCAGGAUCGGACUGUGGUGGGGUCUGCGAGGUCCUUCCGAAUUUCUUCCACUGCUUCGCUCCCUGUUCUGAACAGGUAUAAUGCGAGAGGAAAUAGCAGCUCAGAUGAGGAAAGCUUGUCUCCAUAGAAUACACAAAUAUGAAGCUGAAUAUUACCUGGCAUGGAGUCAAUUGGCAUAACCACUGUUUUGCCAAUUGAAAAGUCAUCACAAUGAUGAAGCUUAAUAAUACUUGGCAUGUGAGUUAAUCUUUACCCGCCGUUUUGGCAUUUGAAAUGGCAUCAGUGACAAGAAUGUUAUAUACGUAGCAUUUCAGAGAAUCAAGGGCCGAAAGGUUAUUUCUCAUGUGAUGGGAAUCCCACACCCGGAGUGAAAGAAUGUUGCAGCUUCUUUAUGGGUCAAUGAGGGGGGACUGAUCAACAUCAAACUACCUCUUUUUGCCAGGAAGCUGGUGCACAUGCAGCUGUAACCUGGAGAGUAGGAGGUGAAAAGCAAAGAGAGAGAAAUCAUUUUUGUGUACUUAAUGAGUUCGACGUAUCUUCAAUAGCAUAGGCAGUGUUUUCUUCGCUCAGAUUGACAAUCCCAUACAGAGUUCAAGGCACGGCAUAUCUUGCUGUUGCUUUUGCUAUCUCGAUUACAAUUAGCAUUUGUUUUUUAGGAUCAUAAAUAAGAAUACAAAUAAUUCUUUUGAUGCA